ACUCUCAUCCUAAUCACUAACAAUGCGUUGCAAUUGCACUCUCAUCCUAAUCACUAACAUCGUUCCUAUCGGGAUAUAGACCACCAAAAUACCAAGCCAUGGAAGGUCAGCUGAUGGAUUUGCAAUUUUCAAACAAAUCACUUCAGAGGUUAAAAAGGUUUAGGCUUGAAUCCACCAACCAAAUAUCAUCCCUAUUCUCUUUAGUCUUGACCACACCAAGCUCAGGCAUGAAAGAAUGAUCUCCACUGAUUUCGUGCAAGCAAGGGUGUCCGGCAAGGGGACCCUCUUUCUCCGGGGCUUUUUGUGUUGGUGAUGCCUGAUGGACAUUUUGUCAUUCAUGAUCUCGAAACUUAGAGGGGCUGAUGGUCUGUUCGUGUUCUCCAUGGAUGAGAGCAGGGGUGGAGCCGGAGUCACGCAUCUUCUUUUCGCUAAUGAUUCACAUAUAUUCUGUGACGCUUCUGCUGAUCAAGUCCUGAAUAUUCUUGCUACACUGGUUUGCUUUCAGACGGUUACAGGGCUUAAAAUCAACCUCGAUAAGUCGAUGAUGUUCACGGUGGGGGAUGUUCCAAAACCUAGUUACCUUGCUGCAAUUUUCGGAUGCAAAUGGAUUUAGUGAACCAGCUAAGUACCUCGACCUUCCUUUGGGGGAUCGUCCUAACUUCAUUUAUAUUUGAAACUCAGUCAUUGGUAAGUAUCAGAAUCGAUUACAGGGAUGGAAGAGCAAGUUCCUUUCUUUGGGUGCCAGGUUAACUUUGAAUCAAUCUACUCUCAACAGCCUGUCAGUUUAUCAUUUCACUUUGUUAAAAGCACCUAGAACAGUGAUUAACACCCUUGAGAAGAUUCAAAGAAGGUUCCUUUGGAGUGGUGGGGUGUGGAGAACAAGUUUCAUUUGGCCAGGUGGGAUCUUUGCAAAGCCUCGAAACAAAAGGGUGGAUUGGGA